AUGAGUUUGCAUUUAAAAUGUCUUUUCUUUUGUCCUUUCCCUCCACAGAGAAAGUCCAAGAUCACAGCCUCGCGCAAACUCAUGUUGAAGAGUUUGAUGCUAGCCAAAGCCAAGGAAGCAUGGGAACAAGAUCAAGUGGACAAGCAAGGGGAGAAGGAGAGAUACCUGGCUGAGCGGAUCACACCGCUGCGGACCAGUGGGCUGUCCUUCAGCCAGCUGCAGGAUCUGUGCAGGGAGCUGCACGAGAAGGUAGAAAUCGUGGAUGAGGAGCGGUACGACAUCGAAGCCAAAUGCAUCCACAACACCAGAGAGAUCAAAAACCUGAAGCUGAAAGUGCUCGACCUGCGGGGGAAGUUCAAGCGCCCCCCGCUGCGCCGUGUCCGCGUCUCCGCUGACGCCAUGCUGCGGGCCCUGCUCGGCUCCAAGCACAAAGUCUCCAUGGACCUGAGAGCCAACCUGAAAUCUGUCAAGAAGGAGGACACAGAGAAGGAGCGCCCUGUGGAAGUGGGCGACUGGCGUAAGAACGUGGAGGCCAUGUCGGGCAUGGAGGGCAGGAAGAAGAUGUUUGAUGCUGCCAAAUCUCCGACAGGCCAGUGA